CCACGACACCAUUGGCAAUGCUGGAUUCUGAUUCUACGACACUCGGAGAACGAUUGCUAGGAGGGAGAUAGGCGAUCUUGCGCUGUCUCGAGGCUGCGCCUGUCGGCAAACGGUAUCCCUCAAACGCACAUCGAACGUGAAGUGAGGUUGAGUAAAGGUGAAGGACUUCGCGCAUUCACAGCAGGAAGCUCGGAUAAAUAGCGCACCUUCCUUGGAAUCUCGCGCCGGCUGCAAAUAACUCACCAUGAAGAAGAUCUUCUCCAACAAGAAGGGGCCUGAGCCCCUCAACACCAACACCGAUAGUUUCGGGACCGCGAACACGCCACCACCGCCGCCAAGAUCGCCUGGUCUUAAGAAAAGCGGAACUAUGAGAUGGAUGAAGAACAGAAGAGCGGCGGAGGCCAGACCGGAGCUCAACAUCGCAGCUGCACUUCCUGCAAGUGAAAACUUCCGAACAAGUCUACUCAUGCCGAACCUCUCUGCCCGUUUCAGCAUGCUUCGUGAACAAGACGAUCCUAAUUCGAUCCUUGGAAAGGCUGCCGACGAUAGUGUGCUGCAGCCUUGGCGACGGUCACGGUUGAUGGACUUUGGAUUUGGAUCGAACGGACUGAACGACAUUGCUGAGGUUGCUUCAAUCAACAGCUCGACAAGGCGACCCUUUGCCGCCGCACGGCAGGACUCUCUCGGCUCCGAAGAAGGCUGGGCUAGCGAGAAUGAGGCUUCACAUGGCGGCAGCGUAAUGAGCCGUUCAAGACCCGGCGAAGGUAAUGUACUAUUUGGCGGCCGGCAGAAGAUCUACAAGAUCCCGCAGAGCGGCUCAUCGUCGACUACCAAGCUCGGCAGAGUACUCUACGAAGAUGACAUCGGAAUGUCUGCGUUCCAAAGGUAUCGCAAGGAGCGAGAAGUUGCUGGAGACUGGCGUCCUGAAGACGAGCCAACAUUUGACUUUGGCUUGGACCAACCCGAGGUCAUUGAGCAGGAAGACACUGAAGUGCCUACACCGAAUGAUUCGGCAAAAGACUUGACGCAUUCGCUGUCGCUGUCGCUAUCGGAAAAGAAGCGGUCCACGGCGUCUUCCACAGCACAUUCAGAAGCUCGAUCAUCGACCGCAGCAACGUCUAUCACAUCGCAACCAGUCGCAAGUACACCUUCACCGCCGAUUCAAGCUGCGCCUGUCACAGCUCAGCAACCAGCGGCUACACUAACCAUGCCCAGCCUGAAGAGGUCCGAUACUAAGACCCGGCGACUGUACGAGCAAGGCCUGAAUGAGCACAUUCACGAGCAGCAAACGUCUGCCUUGUCGCGGCUCAACUCUCUACACCGUCAGCGAUCAGUGAGAGCGGCGCCCGGAUUGUACAGUGUUAAAAGCACCGGCAACCUCACCGAGCCGAAGUCGCAGCAAGUGUACGCUUUGAACGAUCCACCUCUCAUGACUCCGCUCAACACCUUGGGCCUGAUCCGCAAACCGAGCUCUGCUCAAGGCAGCCCGCUGACGGGCGUUCCACAGUCGCCAGUGAGCCCGCAAGGAGUGGAGUUUCCGGAAGAAAUGACGCAGGCGCUUGAGCCUGCCGACCGUGGCAAGGCGACCGCCAUGGGCGUUUUCAAUAAGCCCAAGCAGUCGUUUGAUGAACAACAGUACAUGGAGCGACAACAGCAGCUUCAGCGUUCGCAGUCUAAGUCAGGAAUGCGUAAAGAUCUAGGCGCACAAAGUGCCUUCCAUCAGCGCUUUAACCGCUAUGAGCAAGCUGACCGUGAGCGGAGUGCCUCGAAUACGUCUUUUCCAGAGCACGCUGGACGGUUUGAGCAGACAGACCGUGAGCGCAGCGGCUCGGUUCCAUCGAUUCAACCGCGGUCAAGGUCAGCAUCGAAAACGCAAGAGUCUGCAAAGGCGUUCAAUGUCUCUCAAAACACACCAGCUCAAGCACCAGCUUCGGCAGGAGCUCAGCAAUAUGAUACGCAUCGCACCUUCUUUGGCAACAUUAGCGCAAGCGAUGACGAGGACGAGGAAGAUGUAGAGGAGGAGUCGCGCCACCAACCGCACCACAUCCAAACCGAGUUCAACUUCGGCCUGCCGUCAAGCCGAUGGCAACCGACAGCGCUCCCAGCGGUAUCAGAGCACCCGGCCACGCGCGGACACACUUCGAAGCCUAGUCUUGCAGAAGAGGACGAGGAGGAAGAGGAGAAGCUCCAUCCGGAGCCUUUGCGUCCGUCACCAACAACGACGCGGAGCGACCCACUGCCCCCGCCUGUCAAGCCUGAUAUUCUGGAUUCUCCCACUCUUGGCCCAAGCAAUCUGGAACCACUCACAGGCAUGGUCCACCAUCUCCGGCAGAAGAGCAAUCAGUCAUCUAUAUUUCCAGAGGAGAGUCCCGCUGUUGAAGAUCCUCCAGAGCUGCCAGAACCGCGAUUGCAGGGUCAAAGCUUGGAGGCUUCUCACGAGCCUGUACGUAGCAGCAGCAGGCUAGAUUCAGACUCUCGCGUCGAGUCAACGUAUGCGAACUCGAACCCUUGGGAUCUCGACGAUUUCGAGAACGCAUAUGGCGGUCAAAGCGGAUGGGACCGGCAAUCGCAUGUCGAGGGUGCUCGCCCUCGAUUGCACCUCACCUCGACAUCGCCCUCACUCCAGACGGCGCAGCAAGAGCGUACAUCUGAGAUGUAUCCGGAGUCCGACCCGCCCUCUGCGUCACCUUGGCAGCAAGAGCUGCGAAAGCAGCACACUCGCGACGCAAGCACUGCCACACAGCAGGAACGCGAGGCUUUCGCAAACGAGCUUGCGGCACGCAGUAAUGCCAUCCGUGAGAACAUGAAGAGUCUCUACGAGCGAGAGGCCAACGGCAGCAGAGGCGUUAGUCCCGCCCGGAGCGCUAAUGGUACCUUCAACAAGGCUCUCGGCAUGCUACGCGCGAAGUCGAGCAGAGAGUCGGUGAUGCCGAUUCCGGGCAAGGCUUUGAAGAUGCUUGGUCUUGGCAAUAAUACGAGCACCAAUACGCUCCCUUCGCAGUAUGAGAGGAGUGGGUUCAGCUUUGAGUUCAAUAGGCCUCGCCAGGACUCCGAUUCGAAGCCGCCGCCUAUCCCUGGCAGCCAGCUGCAUCGAGCAGAGAGUGAUCUGGAGAAGAUUCGAGCCCGUGGAGAAAGUGAUGCAAGCAGGCUCAAUGGGCAAUCACCAACUCCGUCCCAAGAAAGCAGGAACCGCAGUCGGUCAAAUUCCGAGUUGACUCAUGGCCGUUCCCGAAGCAGACCUGGCCAGUAUCGCGAUGAGUUGGAAAAAGCAAUGGUUGAGGGUACCGGCUCCAGCGCUGCGUCUGUGCCUGACAUUUCGCCACUCAUUCCUCACGAGCUUACACCACGCUCAUCACCCGACACCGUGCAUACCCAGUUUGAGGGCCAACCCCGAGCCAGGAGCAACAGCCGUGCUGCCGGAGCAACCGGGUACUUUGACGCGAAGACACCGGGCCACAUCCCGCCGCAGCCACAGCGCUUAGCGCCUGCGAUACCAACGCCUACGACGCUCUCGCCGAACAUCUACAGCAUAGGAGCUGGCUCCAUACGCACCCCACCGGCUGUUUCACCCACCAUGCAGAAUUUCACGCCGCCACACUCUGGCGCAAACACUCCGAUCGGAGCACAUUUUCCACCUCCCAAUAUGAUCAGUCCGCCGCCGAACAUGAACUUCAUCCAAACCCGACAAGGCAUGCUACGCAAACGGACGGUUUCCAAGGCAACAAUCUCCGAGCCUACCCUCAUCUCGAUGACCUCUACCGUGGACACUGUCGCACUUCCGGCAGGUGCUUCACUGAAAAACGGCAUGGACGAGAUACCAGCGGUACCGGCGCUUCCGAAGCGGAAAAGCAAUCGUAAGCUCUUUACCCGGACCCGUACGGAGGAUACGAUGAGCCAGGCCGCGAAGAACUACAGCAAUUACGGCCGAUCAAAGACUCCGGAUCCGUGGAUGAGAACGCCGCCGGAGCCGGAGUUUGAAGUCGUGCGCGGUCCUCGUGGCUUUAGACCUGGUUUCACUGCACCUUACCAAGCUGUUCAGCAGGCUUUCGAGAACCAGAGCAGCCCGUCUCUGCCGCAGUACGCACUGCGACAGGCGCCGACAUCGCCUGAGCGCAUCGAGCGGUCACCGCUACCACAAAACCGCGUUGUGGUCGAGGGGGGCAUGUUUUGAACGAGCCGUCGGCACGAUUGAAUAGUAUACGAGAUGACGCGGCGCAAGCACCCGAACUUCCAUUAUCACGUGGUUUUCUAUUCUCAUACAUACUUUGCGAUACCAUUUCAGGUGUUUUGCUUGCUGGUAUGGCUGUCAUGUAAAAGUACGUUUUGAACGGCCACAUACACGGUUCGGGGCAGCAGUCGGCGAUCAAGCAUAGCGUAGGCAGCCUGUAGGAAUAGCACUACUUGUAGCAUCUACUGUUCGCAAUGUACAUAUUGUAAGCAGAUGCGACUAUGGUUCCUAAUGUAAUACCCUAAAGCUUGCACGAAUCAACCACAUCCAGGCCAUUCGCGAACCGCUUGCUGCGACAAUCACCUCUUCCUUUUGGGCUGUGUCUUUUUCAACGCAGCUAAGAAGUUCGAAUCCUCCUAGAAGGCAUUGUCCUCUGCAUUGUCUUUGUGGUCAGCAUGUAGGCGGUCAUUGGGCGG